ACGAAUGAUUCGACACACCACAAGAAAUAUCGUACGACGUUUGACUACUGCCGAUUCCACCAAUCAUGAUUUCGAUUUUGUUGUCAUUGGUGGCGGAAUUGUCGGUACUGCCAUAGCGGGAGAAUUGCAAUUGCGGUUUGGAAACACACUCCUACUUGAACAACAUUCUCGUCUUGGAACAGAAACCACUGCUCGGAAUUCUGAAGUGAUACAUGCUGGGUUAUACUAUCCAAUUGAUUCGCUCAAGGCCCAACUUUGUAUUGCUGGAAAAUACAAGAUAUACAAUGCCGAAAAAGCAGGAGAAUUUGAUAAGUUGAAACAAUGCGGGAAAUGGGUGGUUGCCCAAACUGAAGAAGAAGAAGAAGAGUUGUUGUAUCGUUUGUACGACAAUGCCACUAGUUUGAAUGUUGCAGCAACAUUAUUACCUGUGGAGAUUGCUAAAAGGAGGAAUCCCUUGAUUCGUGCGGAGAAAGCCGUUCUUGUGAGUCCUACAACUGGGAUUCUAGACUCUCAUGAAUAUUUACAAUUCCACCAAUCCAGAUUCGAGAAUGAAGAGGGGACAAUUGCCAUCAAUUCGAAAGUCACAGCCAUUGAGUAUCUGUCAGGAACGUACACUCUUACAGUACAUGACUCGGAUUCCGGUGAAGACACUCAAAUAACCACAGCAAACUUGGUCAAUUCAGCAGGAUUGUAUGCUCCUAAAGUUGCCAAUUUACUUCUUCCGCAAGACCGACACUACAAGACAUACCUUGCCAAGGGGAACUACUUCAGUUUCCAACCUCCAACUCCAAUUCAAAACAUCACCGAUGUUCUUGUCUAUCCUGCUCCAAACCCCAAUGCAGCAUCGCUAGGAACUCAUCUUACCUUCGACAUGGCAGGACAAAUCCGGUUCGGACCCGAUUUGGAAUGGUUAGAUAUUGAUGACCCUGAUAAGAUAGAUUAUACUCCAAGUGCACACAAUUUGCAACCUGCUUAUGAAGCAGUCAAGAGAUAUUUUCCAAGUAUACCUCCAGACUCGUUGAUUCCUGAUUAUUCGGGAGUUAGACCAAAGAUUGUCGGCAAGGAAGGUAAUAAAAAGUCAUUCCCUGAUUUCGUAAUUAAGAAAGAAGAGGGGUUCCCUGGAUUUGUCAAUUUAAUGGGAAUUGAAAGUCCUGGUUUGACUGCAGCUUGGGCAAUUGCUGAUUACGUUGUUCGAUUAUACAAGUAAUUUAUAAAUUAUCAAUAUAUACAUUAUACCUUCUAUAUCUUUCUUCUUUUUGCAUCUGGUUCUUCCUUUUUAAUACUCUUCUUUGGCAAAUCUCUAGGUUCAGUUGGUCUAGGAAGUUCAGUGAAAAAAUCAUGAAGUAAUGCCCUGGUAGAGUCACAACGUCUAGAAGGAUCCAACUGUGUCAACAUAAUCAUCAAAUCAAGAGCCUUUUCUGUAGCUGCACUAAACCUAUUUCUCAAUUCUUGCCUCAGUGGUUGAGCAUAUACUGUAAGGGCAUUGUACAUCGGAAGACUACUAACAUUGGGCCAGAUUUGUUCUGUAGGAGUACCUAAUGCUUUGAAUGUAACAUCCAAUUGAUCAACAUCAUCUUUACCAGGAAGGUACGGUACUCGAAGCAUCAAUUCUGCAAAUAUUAUCCCAAUAGACCACAUAUCAAUUGCUCCAGUAUAAUGCUUUGCUCCAAAUAACAAUUCAGGAGCUCUAUACCAACGAGUCACUACAUUUGAAGAAAGAUCUUCAUUGGGAUUCCCCAAGGCACGAGCCAACCCAAAAUCUGCAAUUUUCAACUGUCCAUCCGGAGCGAUCAACAAGUUAUUUGGUUUUAAAUCGCGAUGAAGUAUGAAAUUUCUAUGGCAAUGGUGAAUUCCUCUUAGGGUCAUCAACAUCCAUGAUUUGAUAUCUCCCAUGGUAAAUACAACUUCCUUAUCUUUAAUUAAUACUUCUAAAUCACAAGGUAAUAACUCAAGUACCAAGUUAAGGUUGUGAGGAGUUGAGAAUACGUCAACAAGUUCAAUUACAUUAGGAUGCCGAAGUUCUUGUAAGUAUUUAACUUCACGAAGAGCCAGCAUAUCUAGCCCAUCUUUAAAUAUUCCCGUUUUGAUUUCUUUGAUGGCGAUCUCUCGACCUGUAGUGACUUGAUGUCCAAGGUAGACAACAGCAUAAGUACCUUCCCCAACUUUACGUUCUUUGGAAUAGUUGUGAGUGGCUGGCCCUGAACGCUUUUUAAGAGGCACAGGAGGUGAUGCUACUACUGGAGUGGACAUGAUUACUAGUGAUGAUUAUAAAACCUAGGU